AUGAGCGACAUCCCCAUCCAGUUAGGCCACUAUCGUCUCGGCAAGACGCUUGGUAUCGGUUCAUUUGGCAAAGUCAAGCUGGCUCAACAUGAAAUCACAGGUCAUAAAGUAGCAAUCAAAAUCCUUAAUCGUCAUAAAAUUCGCAGUCUUGAUAUGAGUGAAAAAGUUCGACGUGAGAUUACACUACUACGUAAAAUGCGUCAUCCUCAUAUUAUUCGAUUAUAUGAAGUGAUUGAUACACCAACAGAUAUUUUUAUGGUACUCGAGUAUAUUGCAGGUGGAGAACUUUUUGAUUACAUCGUUUCUAAAGGCCGCAAGAAGCUCGUCACUUUUUUCAUCAAAUCAUAUCAGGAGUUGAAUAUUGUCAUUUCCAUCGUAUUGUGCAUCGUGAUCUAA